UCCCCCGGCACCGAGCGGCAGCGCUAGCGGUAGGAGCAGCUUCGCCGCGGAGCUGGCGGAGGCGGCGCGGAUGGUGAGAGGAGCCGCCCGGCAGCGCCUGUCCCGCACUGGCCCGGCCUCCAGAACAACAGGCCUGGUGGAGAAGCCUUCUCGCAAACGGAAAUCCAGCUGUUGUAGAGUAUCCUGUCUGCCACAGUGGAGCACUGCAGAAUCCAGGGGCCUUGCCACCGGUUUUAGGUCAAGCUUGCUGCGGAGCACAGAGGAUCUGGGGACUGAAUUUGCCCUAAAAGAAAUCAUGUCAUCUGGAGGAGCUGAAGAUGAUAUCCCUCAGGGAGAGAGGAAAACAGUCACCGACUUUUGUUACCUACUGGAUAAAUCUAAACAACUCUUCAAUGGCUUAAGAGAUUUGCCUCAGUAUGGGCAGAAGCAGUGGCAGUCCUAUUUUGGGCGCACCUUUGAUGUUUACACUAAACUCUGGAAAUUUCAACAGCAGCAUAGACAAGUACUGGACAAUCGAUAUGGAUUGAAGCGGUGGCAGAUUGGGGAAAUUGCCUCCAAGAUUGGGCAGCUAUACUACCAUUAUUACCUGCGGACAUCUGAAACCAGCUAUCUGAAUGAAGCCUUCUCCUUUUAUUCAGCAAUUCGACAGAGAUCAUAUUACUCCCAAGUCAAUAAAGAGGACAGGCCUGAACUGGUGGUUAAGAAGCUGCGUUAUUAUGCAAGGUUUAUAGUGGUUUGUCUUUUGCUCAACAAAAUGGAUGUUGUAAAGGACCUCGUAAAGGAAUUAUCAGAUGAAAUAGAAGAUUACACUCACCGCUUUAACACUGAGGACCAGGUGGAGUGGAACCUGGUUCUUCAAGAGGUGGCGGCUUUUGUUGAGGCAGAUCCUGUGAUGGUUUUAAAUGAUGACAAUACCAUUGUAAUCACCUCCAACCGACUGGCUGAAACAGGGGCCCCAUUGCUGGAGCAGGGAAUGAUUGUGGGACAGCUCACUCUUGCAGAUGCAUUGAUUAUUGGGAAUUGCAAUAACCAGGUAAAGUUCAGUGAAUUAACGGUUGAUAUGUUCCGAAUGUUGCAAGCACUGGAAAGGGAACCAAUGAACUUGGCUUCACAAAUGAACAAACCUGGAAUGCAGGAGUCGACUGAGAAACCUGCUAGGCGGGAAAAUCCCCAUAAGUACUUACUGUAUAAACCUACCUUCAGCCAGCUGUAUACGUUCUUAGCAGCAGCGUUCAAGGAGCUGCCUGCAAACAGCGUGCUGCUGAUCUACUUGUCGGCUACUGGCGUGUUUCCCUCAGGUCGUUCGGAUAGUGAAGGCCCAUAUGAUUUUGGUGGGGUCCUUACAAACAGUAACCGGGACAUUAUAAAUGGUGAUGCUAUCCACAAACGGAACCAAUCGUACAAGGAGAUGCACUGCCUUCACCCUGGUGAUCUCUACCCUUUCACAAGAAAGCCCCUAUUUAUCAUUGUGGACUCCUCAAACAGCGUUGCCUAUAAGAAUUUCACAAACUUAUUUGGACAGCCACUGGUGUGCUUGCUUUCUCCAACAGCGUAUCCAAAAGCAUUACAAGAUCAGUCUCAGCGGGGUAGCCUCUUCACCCUCUUUCUGAACAAUCCUUUAAUGGCAUUCCUAUUUGUCUCUGGAUUAUCAAGCAUGCGCAGAGGAUUGUGGGAGAAGUGUCAAGAUUACCUUAGAAAAAUCAACCGGGAUAUCGCCCAGCUGCUGACCCAUUCUCGCUCCAUAGAUCAGGCCUUUCUUCAGUUUUUUGGGGAUGAAUUUCUUCGCUUACUUCUAACAAGAUUCGUCUUCUGCUCAGCCACCAUGAGGAUGCACAAAAUUUUCCGGCAGGAAACUCGAAAUUAUCCUGAAACUUAUCCCCAGCUGCCAAGAGACGAAACGGUGGAGAACCCUCAUCUCCAAAAACACAUUCUGGAGCUGGCUUCCAUCCUGGAUGUUAGAAAUGUGUUCCUGGAAAACACCAUUGAUGACUAUUAAAAGAAAUAUUUUUACUGCAAUAGGGUUUCCCUAGCCACAGACUUUGAAUGGUGCAGUUUUCUAAUGUGAAAAUCCGCAAAAGGAGUUAUUUGAUUUUAUUUUAAAAUUUAGGAUUUUUUUUUAAAUAGCUGUUAGCCCAGUGCCCCAUUCUGUAUGGGGUCAAUUUUAUAAACAAAUCUUUUCACAUCUUUUAAAUGUUAAACUAAGGAAUCCCUGGAGUUAUGUUUUUUGUUUUUGUGGUUGAAAGCAACCACAUCUAGAUCCUAAGCAUAAAAGUAUUAUUGGCCAAUUUUAGCCCGCUUUAUGGAAAUCCUUUAUUUUUAUACAGUUUUAAAAAAUUGGAAGCAAAAACCCAAUAGAAAAUCAAUAUUUGCUCUCCAAAGAGUUUGGAUUUGAAAUGGUAAAGCUGGAAACACAUAAUGCAAACUGGCAAGAGCAAUAAAAGAACCAGCCCUUCACAACAAAUCUAUAUUUUUUUCAAUCUUAGGUGAGUAAAUAGACAAACUUGUGCUAGAACAAAUGGCAGAUGGAGCAGUGGGUUUGGAGUGGUGCUGCAGAGGGAUCUCCUAAGAUCUAGUGUUCCAUGUAAAUAAGUAAUUUCAAUCUUCUGAGCAGCACUGCUGGCCAAGAACACAAGUCCCCUCCUGCCUGCUUGGGUGUAGAUAGCAGGCUGGUGGCAUACAUUACAAAAUUAAUAACGCUAGCCCCAUUUCCUCAGUACAGCACAGUCUGCCCCACCUCCAUGUCUUGGUUCAGAGCCACCACCCGUCUGCCUGAGGAUGCUGGUCCAUAACUCCUCCUGAGUCAGUCAGUAAAGCUUCUUAAUCACCGCAGGGGGUGAGGGUGUCUCCCUUCUUACCUUGUCGAGUGAAUGAAGUGAGUGGCUUCCACAGUAUUCUCAGCCCUUGGUGAGUCUGUCCAGAAAGCAAACCAGCCUCCCAUAGUAGUACCGAGUUCUAGCCCUUACCAACAGAGAAACACCUAGCCCGAUGCCUCUUGGUGCUGCUGCUGUUUCUGCUUUAACAAUGGGAUAAUCUUUCAUGGGAUCCUUGUGACCCUAGAACUGCUUUUUUCUUAUGUUAUAAUGGUUAAUAAGUGCUGCCACAGAACACUGCAGCCUUUCAUGCAUGUGGUGAGGGCCCAUCGCUCCACCCCACUCCCUACCUGUCUGCUCUGACAGCAUUUUUCAAAUGAGCCACAGGCAGGCUGAGCAGCGGGAAUGUGUGCGAGGCACAUAGUCACCAACAAAUCCCAAAACACAACGAAUGGGGAUUGGUUCAUAGGUGUCACAGCUUCUGCUGUGUCCCUUUAAUUGCACAGUAAUUCCACCCAGACCUAGACAACAUCCAGCAGGGCUCUGUAAAGUCCGCAUCAAGGAUCUGUAUGAAAUUCAAGGCUAAGGUAGAGAAGGCGCUUGCUGGAGAAGUAGGAGGGUAAAGCUACCAAGGCAAGGCCUCUGAGCUUCAGAACAAGCUCCAGGAGCUCUUGCACUGCUUGACAGAAAGGAGGCAUGGAGGAGGGGAGGGUGGAAGUACCGGAACAGUAGAAGGAUUUUGGCUUCUACAAAGCAAAUGUUCUAAAUACCCAAGCUAAUAGCCUAUAGACACUCAGCUUUGAGACUGGCUCCAUUUCAGUUACUGGCAGUCAAAAAGCCAGCUUGUCCCAAAGCCAAGACUGAAGCAAAUUUUUGUAGGCUCCAGUGUUUUGGUUUUUAAAGAUAUGUAAAAUGAAUAGUGGGCUUUUAACUGAAAAUACUCAUUCUACCAAGAAGGUGUUCACUUUAAAUCCAGUGAAAGGCAAGUCUGUGGAGAUAUGGAUUGUAAUUUUUGUAUGUGAAAUUGCACAACAGAUUGUCAAAUGGCCCGAAAUGACAGAUCUAGAAAUAGUGGUAGCAAAGCAAACUAUGGUCAUCUUGUUUGUGUGAAUAUAAGGUGUAUGGUGCUGGAAAGGCUGCCUUUGGCUUUUUGUUAGGCAUGGCUGUAUUGCUGUCUGAAGUGAAGGCCAGUGGGGUGCUCCCUGUACUGUAGCGCUGAAACCUCCAACAGAGCAAGGACAUCAAGCUGGACUCUGUGUCCGUAUAUGGUGCCAAGGUGGAAUGUUUCAAGCUGUUACAUGAAAGCGGUUUUGUUCUGUGUUCAUUGUUCCAAUGCUGGAAAAUGGGGAGGAGUUUGAGUAGCCCUUUAAUUUUGAGGUCUAGUCCAAUGUUUCAAUUUUUAAAAUGAGUUUGGUAGCUUACUUCCCUUGGUGCCUACUUCAGUGGGCCUCUUCAGAAUCCCACAGUGAUGUGACCCUCCUUUGAAGACAGACUGGAAUAACCAGGGACUGAGGGUGCCCCAGGUCAGGACUGAUGCCCAUCAGCACUGCUGUACGAGUCCAGUGCAGAACAGCCUGGGUGUUAGAGUAGGGGGCAUGAGUGGCGCUUCCAAAGCGCUUUUUAGCACUGUGCUGGGCUGUCACCAAGUCUGUCACUCCCAUGGGCACUAAGACUCAAUGGAACAUUAUGAGAAAAAUGUAUUCUUUGAGCAGUUGGUGAUGCAGCUCUCUUCUGUGGAACUGUGGGUUCUUUGGUCAACCUUCUUUAGCUGAGACUGAGUUGAUUUUAAAAUAAAUAUGUAUAUAGUUGGUGUUUGUGUAUUUAUGUACAGUACACACCCACCUACCUGUUGGGUGUGCUUGUAAAUAUGCAUAGAUAUUUGUAUAUAGGAAGGUCUUGAGAUAAGAUAUGUAUAUAAAAUUAUAUAUACACCCAUACACCAAUUGGACUGCAUUCCAUGAGGGUGCUUUAGAAGCAUUAUUCAAGAUGCUGUAGCUGUUAAGUUUGUGGUUGCAUUACCAUUGUAAUCCUCUAUUUUCAGGGGCGUAUGUUUGGUUAAUGAAAUAAUUUGGGGCUAAAACUAGGUGCAGCAGGCCUCAUCCAGUGACCAAGGGGGGUUCUUUUACAACUGUAAAUAUUCCAAUUCACACUGAAAUGAUAGUAAUUUUGUGACAUGAACCAACAGAAUCCACAAAUGUGAAGGAAGCUUGAGGCUGAUUUGCCUUUCCCCUGGGCACGAGGUCCCAAUCACACAAUGGAGUGUUUGCAUUGUUUAGUUGUUUUUCUUUUGUCAUGCAGACACGUUGGGGAAGCCAUGUAGGACUAUAGAAAUCUCUGUAGUCGCAGCACAAAGGGAGAGUGCACAGCAUCUGUAUUACCUUCCCCCUCCUGCACUUCAACAUUAAAUAAGCUAGAAGCUCUGUCCCAGGUCAUUGCACUGUGAUUGUAUUGAAAUCCCAUGUUUAGCUUGGACUGUUGUGGUUCCAUUUCACUUCCCUGCAGCUGGGAAUAGCAUGUGUACAUGAGCUUGGAAGAAAGGAUUCCAUUACCAUGCCCUGUUUGUGUCCUGGUGAACCCUUGUGGAAUGUGGUUUGUGAGCUGAUGGGGAAGCCCCCUAAUGCUUGUCUUCUGCAUAGCUUGGAUGAAGAAUAGUGUCUGUGCUUAUGGUGCUUCUGUGUGACCUGUAUGUCUACAGAACCAAGUGAUGUAUUUGGUCCUGCCUCCCCAUUAGCUGGAGUUUGCAGUAGUCAGACAUGGACAUGCAGAGAAGGCUGGUAGGAGAGGCUUGUUUAGAAUGUGAAAAGAAUGAGAACAUUAAGUCAAAAUCCAAACAUGUCAUCAGCUCUACCUGGAUCUAAAAAGUCAGAGAUGCACUUUUUAAAGGAGUCUCUCAUUCUCUUCUUGGUUAUUCUAUCAUAUCUGGUUGGUCUUGUUCAGAAUACUUGCUAUUAAUCAAACUUGAUAACAGGGAUUUUCAGAGAGUGAACUUCAUUUAUCUUGUUCUAACAGUUUGUCCCAUUCAAACUUACUUGAACUCAUCUAUUGUAAAUGGUGGAUUCUCUGUUACUUGGACUUCAGUAACUCAGCCAGGGACUAAGGGGUCUAUUACAGGAGUGGGUGGGUGAGGUUCUGUGGUGUGCAAUGUGCAGGAGAUCAAACUACAUGAUCAUGAUGGUCCCUUCUGACCUUAAAGUCUGAGUAAACCUCAACAUGUGUAUACCUACUGUAUGCAUGGGCGUGUGGAUACCUCUCUGUACAUACAGCAUGGUUGUACAUAACAGAAAAAUGUUCUCCUUUUCAUUUCAUGUUCAGAAAUCCUCACUGCUAGGAACUGAAUAGCAGUGAAAGAAAGAUUGAUCUGAGAGGAUCACAGUUACAGGCAGGGGAGAAGUAAUGGACCCGCUCUUGUCAGACCUUUUAAAAAAACAAACAAACAUGAGUGUUUUACUUGCUUACAACAAUGGAGAGAACUUGCCUUCCAAGUUCAGGAAAGGUCCUAUGAAGACAGAAAGCUUAGCCUAUAAUGUUUAGAGGAAAAUAUGCAAACUUGACUAAGUGCCUGCUUUGCAGAUUUCUUCUGCCACAGCUCCUACGUUCUGCCUAUGAUAAUGUAGGGGGUAUGGUGUAAUUUACCUUCAUUGGUGGCAUCCCUCUUGCCUGGUACUCCUCUGCUAUCUGGGCUUUAAAACAUCUAUUGUUGCCUUUUCCCCUUGGUGUCUCAGAUUAACAGCAACAAACAGGGCUGUGGAGCUUCUUAUGAAUUCAGUAAUUUCUAACCCCUCUCCAAGUAUAAAAAGGUGCCACCACUUUGCUGUUUGUGCAUUAGACUCUGACAAAAAUGAAGGUGCAUUAACACCUGUGAAGAAUGGAGUUGGACUCUGGAAUGAAUUCUGGAGAAGUCUCACAGAUUUUGCCCUGAUGGAUUUCAAAUAAUAAUCUUCAGCAAAUAGCAUGGAAGUAAUGGCUACUAGGAAACCCUUUCAGGGAGAGAAAAUGAGGACAUUUCUCUCCUAAGAUUCAAAGGGAGCAUAUAGGAAUGGGAAUUCAGGCUUCAGCAGGGGCACUUGUUAAUCUUUGGAGAUCUUAAAAUGUUAGCAGUUGUGUAAAAACUGACCCUUUGAGGAUGGGAGGAGAUGCUAAUAUGUGUGUGUGAAUCUAUGGCUGCUCUUUGUACUGUGAGGGAGCAUACCUAGAAGCCCAAAUUCCAUACAAUGUUGCAGAUAUUGGAGAAGGUUUCAUGCUAAUUGAUCAGGCUUGAUUCCUUUAUCCUUUCAUUAGCGUCAGAACCAUAUCCAGACUUGUACAUAAACCUUUGUACCAAACUCCUUCCUGGAAGUUAAAAACUUGUUUGUGACUUCUCUGAAUAGCCCUUCUGUCUUAACACUUUUCUUAAACAGGCUGUGUCUACACUAGACUUUCUCACCAUUACAGCUCAGUAGUGGUAGCAGUGGUAUACUAGAAGCCUUAAUAUAGAGCUGGCAGGACUAGGCAAUGCAGCAGUUAAUACAUUACAAUUGAUCCAUACUAGGGCUCUCACCAAUGCUACAACUGGUAGAGCUGCACCAAUAAGAAUCAUGGUAAUCUUAUGGGAAAAGUUGAGUACAGACCAUGCAUCAAAUGACGUGUAACUGGACUGUGGUACCGUCUGGGUCUGUGUUUGAGGAGGCUGGAUUGGAGGAUUGCCAUAAUGGGGGCCAUGCAAGUAAGUCUAUUGCCAUUGCUCUUCAGACCCUUCAUCUUAAAAAGACGCUGCCUUGUUAUUUUGUAACUUCCCUCCCGCCCCCUUCUCCACCCUGGAGGAAGAGCGUUGAGGAUUUCUGAAUUGAGUGGUCUUUCAGAAGAUUGAAGGAAUGAAUUUCCAUUCCUUCUCAGUUUUUCUGCCAACCAGCUGUUGUCCUGUAGUUGCAUUGCUCUUAGAUCCCAGCUUCACCUCCUGCUUUUGAGACUUGAGUCACAGACUUCAAAUACCGCUUACUUGUUCAGUUCAGAUCUGGAGCAGUUUUCAGAUCUUAUUCAGCCCUGCACGUAUUCCUGCAGGGCUAACAAAGCCUGCCAUACAAGUUGAAGCUGCAGAAACUCUGUUUUGAAUUUUCUAUUCAGACUGUGUUCCCUAAUAUUUGCUUACAAGAAGGAACCCCCUGGACUCUGUUACUAGCACUUCUCAGUAGCAGUGCUGAGCUGAUUUGCUGGAGCAUGGCAUUGCCGAGCAGUACUUUUUUAAAAGCACAAGGUGCCACUACCUUCUCCUGCCCCUCCCCUAGGAUCUGUUAGUACAAGGAAAAUGGGGAUGGGAAUCCAGAAAGAUGAACUCCACCUCAGGCAGCCCAUCUACACAGGAAAUGGGAGCUUUCUGCCUUUGGGAAUCAGAAUAUUUAUUGCUAAAAGUAAUUUUAUAUUGAAUUGGUUCAAAAUUAUUUUACAGCCAGGUGCCUAUUUUGGUAAAAAAACAAAAACAAAAAAAACCAAACCUAUUUUACUUAAAUAUAUAAAGAGAAAAUUUUUGGAGCAAAUGGACUUUUCGUGCAAGGUAUCUAUAACUCACCAAAGCAAUGUAAUUCCAGAAAAAUAUUCUAUUGUCUUUGGAAGGAAAGGAAUAUAUUCUGACAUAUAUAUAUUAGAUAUUAUGACAUAUAUAUGACCAUUGGA